CUGUUCUCACAUCCUGCUCCUUGCUUCAGUCAGUGCGUGUGUGUGUGUGUGUGUGUGCGCGCGCUUGGAGUUAGAUGCAUCUCCCCAUUUCCUAUCGUUAGUUGCACGUAGAAAGCGCUCUCUAUCUUGCAGUGUUCUAACCAGCCUUUUUUUUACCCCCCUCUCUAUUAUCUGUUCUUGUUAGCACUCGGCAAACCAGCAUAGGCAGUGGAAACACAGAGACAUUCCAUCUCUUCCCCCCCCCCCACCUCACAACAAAAAUGUGGUGAGUGUCGAGGGGCUUCUAUUCCCCUCAAACUUCUACAUUCCGCAAGAGAGGAAGGCGAUUCUCCGCAGCCGCCAAGCCCCCAGCGAUGGGAUUUAGUGCCACCUCAGUCUGAUCCUCACAACCCAAAGACUUUUCUUUGUAUUCUCUCUCUCUCCCUUCGGGAGGGCGAAAACAGUCCAAUUUUGCCGCAGUGGAGAGCGACACGCUUUGAUAUUCUACCAGGGCAGCCACCAGACAAGCGAGGUUCCUGAAGCUAUUCCUUUUGCACGGCCCGAUUGGGAAAGAGAGACAGACAGAGAGAGAGAGAGAGAGAGGACGAGGAUGUUUCUACUGGAUCUUCCGGAUCGUUGCCAUGUGGGAACUGCUUGCUAGCCCGGCUCCUUGGGAGUGGGCCACAGAACGCCACUGUCAGUGAGUGUUCGGAGAGAGGAGAGUAAGGGGGAGGGUGGAGGGGCUUGAAAGAAAAGGGGCAGCUCCCCAGUUAUCACCACAGAUACCCUGCCCCCCACCCCCACCACCCAACCACCCCACUUUGGCAGAGACCAUGCAGCAACACCUACUCCUCUUCCUGGUUUACAUGGACCCCCUGAGCCUGCUGGUGUGGGCAGGCAGGAACCGGAACAACAGGACGCUGGCCUCGUCCCCGCGGCGCCAAGGGGGCAACCCGGCGCCAGUCAAUACCACCGUGGUGGUGCCCGUCCUGCAAAUGAACAAGAUGAAGCCGCUGGUGCUGCAGCACUCUGAGAAAUGCCGGGGUCACUACGACGUGGCCGGCCAGUGGGACCCCGACUUCGAAUGCAACAGGACUUCCUACAAUUACUGCUGUGGUACCUGUUACAUGCGCUACUGCUGCCAGGACAAGAACUACCGCCUGGAGCAAAAUGGCUGCAAAAACUACGUGACCCCCAAAGUGGAGAUUCAAGUUACCACCGACCCGGACCUGGGCCAGUUGGAGAACGUGUAUGACCCGAGCAAAGACAACAGCACGGUCUACAUCACCUGCGGGGUCAUCGCCUUUGUGAUUAUCGCUGGCGUGUUCGCGAAAGUUGCGUACGACAAAGCCACACGGCCCCCUCGCGAAAUGAACGUGUCCAGGGCCUUGGCAGACAUUUUACGAAACCAGGGGCCGAUUCCAGUGCCACACUAUGAGAGAGAGAAUAUGACUGCAAUCGAUGGAUCGCCCAAGGAAAACUCGCCUGUUAGAACCUCCAAAAACCAUUUUACACCAGUGCGAACAUCCAAAGGCAAUCAUGGACUACACGGAAAAGAUUCAAGCAGCAGUCAUGGCUAUCGUAGUGGGGGACCGGACUUGCAUAACUUCAUUUCUUCAGGAUUUGUGACACUGGGACGAGGACAUCUCAAGGACUGUUUCAGAGAUCCUUUCCAAUAUUCCAAACCAACAAGCGAUAAGGAACAAAUUGCAUAUCUGGACUGGGAGACCAAAAACGUUCAGAGGUUUCCCCAAAGAUACAGAGAACUUGGGAAUCAUCAACACAAUUAUAAUCAUUUAGGACUGAUCAGUCCAACUCAAACUCCCACAAAUGAAAAGCCUCGGAUGAACAGUAUUCUUACUUCUGCAACUGAACCAUAUGAUCUGUCUUUCUCAAGAUCCUACCAGAGUCUCUCACACCUUCCACCUUCUUAUGAAUCUGCAGUUAAAUCUGACAUAAGCAAGUAUUCUUCACUAAAGCGGUUAAGUGAAAAGGAGAUUGACGAAUAUUACAUGAAAAGGCGACACCUUCCAGACUUGGCCGCGAGAGGAACCCUGCCUCUCCACAUUAUGAAAAUGAAUCAGGAACACAGUAACACCAGGGAGAGGCCUAGACGACCAGUGCGAGCAAUGUCACAGGACAGAGUCCUGUCUCCAGAGAGAGAUGUGCCUCAAGAAUGUGUCAUGACUUACGAGCGAAUCCUAUCUGAUGAACAACUGCUGUCAGCUGAACGCCUUCAGUCCCAGGACCCUCUGCUCUCUCCCGAUAAAGUUAUGUCCCUCAAACGCUCGGCGUUCCGAGAAAAGGCUAUGUCCAGGGCCUUGUCCCAGUCCCACACAGAUGUCGUUGUAUCCACGCCCGUCUUAGAUCGCUAUAAGAUGACAAAAAUGCAUUCGCAUCCCAGUGCCUCAAACUCUUCUUACAAUACCUUAAAUAUAAAUCAAACAAACCACACUGCUGCUAAGCGACAUGCCUUUGCUUCACGUCGGCACAACACAGUGGAACAGCUCCACUAUAUCCCAGGACAUCACCGUAAUUACCAUACAGCCAGCAAAACAGAAGUAACUGUUUGAUCUUAAUAAAACAAAAACACAUCACCGAUUCCAUAGUAACAAGAGUCUGGAAUAUUUGUCAGUGAGCCAGAGGACAAUGGCACUGUCAGACCACACUAAUUACUCACACCCUAAUUCCUGACAUGUUAUUCGAGCAAAUGCAUUUGUUUUAUCUAAACAAAGUGGCAUACUAUAUGAGGCUUCAGUCUUUCCAGAGACACUUAACAUCAGUUCCUUGUUUUAUUCAAGGUUUUCAUUUUAGUUGGUACAUUAGCACAACAGAUGGUAUUAUACCAUUCAGGUCACCUGACAGUUUCUAUCAAAGGAAGCCAUGUGGUAUCGUAGUCAAUUUAAAGGGCUGAUGGAUUAAAAGGGCAGUGGCUGAAUUUCUAACCAAAAUGUUAAUACUACAAAUGUUGGAGAUUGAAGCUAUUUGAUUGAGAGAUACUGGACUAGUUUGAUGACUUAGUCAGAUUUGAUGCGUUUGCUCAAUUUAAAAAAAAGGAAGCUUGUACCAUAUCAUCCAAAUGUUCAUCUUCUGAGCAUAAGUCAACCAUUUCAUGGGUGACCAUUUCCAUGCAUAGAUAUGGUGCACAACUGGCUUUCCCUCCAUCUAUUUCUUUUGCCCAUUCAGAAGAGGAGAUGGUUACUUUUAUUCAAGGCUUAGGGAGAUAGGUGGUCUUGGAGAGUUUCACCAACAGGACGAUCAUUUUCUAACUGUGGUCGUGAGUUGCAUGGUAUUGUUCAAGAGAAUAAAAGACUUGGUAUUUUUCAUUGCUGAGUGAAGAAAAAAAUUGAAGGACAUUGCAUAGAGCUGAAAUAUUGAGCUUAUUCCAUGGGCAUGUGACUGUGCAAUUUUUUUUAAAUGCUGGAGGCCAAUAUGGACUUUUUUUUAUAAAAAAAUUAAUUAUCAAGUUUGUGCUGGAGAGUGGAAUGCCAUUCAUACAACUAUUGAAAUCACCAGUCAGGCCAAUAGGCUAAAUUCAGUGGCAGAUUGAUGUGAAGCAAAUGAAAAUUCACCAUUUGUCGGUCACCAAUAGUUUAUAACCAAGAACUGUCAGAGAUUCAGACAAACCGGUUAUUUCCUAUAGAAGGUAGUAGAAGCAGAUUUGUCAUUCACAUCUUAAUGCCAUGUGUGCCCUUUAUCCUCAUCUUUUCUUCUUCUUUUCUGUUUUAUUUCUCUGUUCCAAACUCGUUUCUCAUAUUUUUAAUGACACCAUGUCAUUUGCCUUCUUUUUUUCCAGACAGCCCAAUCUUUUUGUAAAUAUUCAUUGUUCUUCCAGGUUUGGUCCUUUCGCAAAUAUUCAUGCUUUUUUCCCCCCUUUCCUUCAAUUUUGAAACAAAUACCCCUUUUUUUUGCAUUUUGUUAAUCUUGGUUUUACUUUUAUACCGUUGAUGCUUCUAAGGUCUCUGACUAGAUAGAGACAAUGCUUGGCAUAUGCAGUGAAGUUUGCAAUGGAAAUUUGGCCACUGGCAUAAUCAGGUAAUGAAAUUUGGCAUGCUUUAAAAUGGUGCAUUGUUUUGAGUGUAGGUCUGAAAAUUGAUAUUCCCACAGAAUAGCAUGUUAAGUAUUCAGACUCCUACUGCUUAGAAGAAUAGUGGAAUCUGAGGAUUUGUAAAGGUCAAAUUUGUGAAAAUUGUGGUAUGCAAGUUUGAAGCUAUAUAUAAGUAUUGGACCAAUGCUGACCUGGUGAGGCAUUUAUUGUACAGUGGUGAACAUUUUAUAAGUCUUUAGGCCUCUGCAAUAACCUCUGGUGACAAGAAGAAUUGAGGUCAUCCACACCAUAUCAGCAGCCUUGAAAGGAACUUGUAGGUUCCAAGUUUCUGAGAAGAUUUGUACUUGUAGGUUUAUGCGCAAAAUAGGCCAUGAAGUAAUCAUGAACCACAACAAAUGUAGAUUUUAUCUUCAUUAGCAAGUUCCUGAGCAGUGAAAGUACUGCAGGUAAAGAUGCACUUGAAUUCAUUUUUAUUUGAAGGAAAAUGCUAUUUUCAUCAUCCAGACACUUUGAAAACUUGAUAGGCAGAGGACCUUCUCCAGUCAUGUUCCCAUGGAGACAUGUGUCAAGUCAGAAAUUUAAUCGGCUAGAUUACGUUUUACCCAAACUUGUGAGAUUGCGUUAUGUAGUCUUACAAGCAAGUAAGGACGAAGAAUUGAAAUUUGCUUUGAUGUAAGACCUAAAAGAAGGCUAAUUUUCAUUCACGGCACAAAACAGGAACAUUGCCAAGUAGAUGUCACAGUUGUAUUUUGAACUCUCAAGUUUGGAAACAAUAGUUCAAAUCCUAGCUUCCACAGAUACAUUAACUGACGUUUACCAUGUAUUCAGCAAGUUUGCAGAGAAACCUGUUCACAACAAUGGAUUGAUACAAUUUGAAAGACUGAUAGACAAGGGAAAAGCUGUUAAAGAAUGUUAACCACCUAUCACUCAGUAUAGAGUUGUUUUGAUGACAACAGAACUAAUAUGAAUGAUUCAGGCUUUUCAACUCAAAGCAAGUGUAAUUCAGACAAAUAAUUGGGAUUGUGUUUUCAGAUAGGCAGUUCCUUUCUUGUAACGUGGUUAAUUCUCCAGAGAUAAUUUCCUGUUCAGUUGACGCUGUUUAGCAGAUGAAGCGGCAGUGUUUCUGACAUCUUAAUUCUUGCAGGUCACAAUAGCCUUGAGGCUGUCAAUGUAAGUAGCUAAUUGCUUAUAACAUUAGAACCCCCAUCCAAUUCUUUGCUGUGUCAUUGCAGUGAAAUGAAUGAACAAAAAUAAAAGGAGCCCACAGGGGGGAAAAAAAAAGACAGUGGUUAUAUAGUAUUUCUCAUGGCCAAUUUUCAGCCAAAUCUGGGGCCCUGUGGCCCUCUACAGAUUUUUUACAGUCAUUUGGGAAAGCAAGGGCUAGUCUCAGUCAAUUCAUUCACUGCCCUGGAGAGAGUGGUAUUGGUAAGAACUGCAAUGUAGAGUAGAUGCAAUGCAGGUAGAGCUAGGCCAGAAUUGGAGAAGGAUACAAAGGCUGUUUUGAAAGGAUAGAAUGCACCUCUGUUAUACUUUGUAUAUUAAAUGUAAAUAAUAGUGACACCAACUAAAUAAAGGUGAUGCUUUCCAGCUGAUGUACAUUUUAUUGAUUAAAGCACAAUAGUAGUACAAUUUACUAUUUAGAAGAUGGUGUUAUAGUCUAUUUAACAAUAUUAAAGUGAUAAUUGCAAGUCUUAAAUGGAAUGUUAAAAAAUGUUAUUUGGUUUGUUGAUGAGGACAUCAAACUGGAAUCUACCAGGAGCGAAUUAUAGGCAGGAGCUCUUAAGAAAUUGCAUUCGAAAGUAUAAAUCGGGUCAGAUCAGCCAUGCAAAAUGGAGACAGAAUAAUUGUUUGAAUAAUUCUCAAAUAACGGAUUAGUCAACACAGUAGGUGAUUUAAAAAUUGAAUAAUUGCUUUGGUAAUUAGCUGACUUCUCUUUCCAUCAUCAAUCAUGUUUUGAGCAGUUCUUUUGGAAUCUGAAAGUAAAUUACAUCCUUGUUGUCAUUCCAACUGUGAAGCUGGCUCAUCAUGGAAUAACGAGUCAAAAGCCUGGCAUCAGUUAACUGCCCUCAGUCCAUAAGCAGCCAACCAUUGACAAAGACCUCAAACUAUCCCCAGUGCGAAAAACACUCACCUCCUUUCAAUGUUAUUGCUGCUUUUGCAUGACAGCUAUUUUUUAAAAAAAUUGAUUCUUCUCUGACUCAACAUACUGAGAUAAUUGUACCACCUACCACGGGUUUAAUCUGAGUUUACACCAGUUGGAAGUGCUAGGCUUUGGAACACCCCAAAUUUAGCAACUUAGCGUCAAAUAGCUCCAUUACCGCAUCAAAGAUGUCUUCAUAAGUCAUUUUCAUUGCACUCCUGGGUAUUUUCCCUUGUAACUCUGUCCCCUGCAUGUGUCUUACCCCCGUUUUGCACACGGUUUAUUCCCAUGUCCUAAAGCAUAUCCCCAUCUUUCACUCACGUCAAUGGGCAAGUCGAUAUGUUGCUCUCCACUAAAAGAUUUUCGUUAACGCGUGGGUGCUCUGUGCAGUUUGGUCUUGCAGAUUUCCUUGGAGGUCCACUGUCACCUGAUGAAAAGCCAUUGUGUAGAUAGAUCAGGUUCCAAAUGGUUCCCUAUGCAGAUUCAUUCUACUCAAACAGCAGGAAAAAUAAAUAUUUAAAUGUUUUUUUUAAAAGUGAUUGAAGCACCAGUGAUAACAAGCUUUAAACAAUGAGGUAAAGUAACACAAACACAAAGGGAGAACUACUGAAAAUGGGACUCAAAUUGAAGGGAAAGACUGAGAAAUUAAAUAUUAACAAGGGAGCAUAACAUUAACAGCGUUAGCCCAGGACCCCAUGCUUAUUCUUUGCAGGCUAUAUGUUAUCAGGUUACUGAACUCAUUCCACAAUGAUAAUUCAUUGACCAGGAGUUGCAAUGAAAACAAUCUGAAGUGGCACAUUUUGCAACAAAUAAGUUUUUGGAUGUAAUGUAUGCCCUCCAGCAGACUCAGUAUCCAUGUCAAUCCUUCUACUGGUGUUAUUACUUUCAGAAAUGUGGGGGAAAAAAAGUAGUGGAAGAUCAACAGACACAGCAAGGAGAACGAAAAGAAAGGUAAACUAGCAUAGGAAAUAGGCACUGAUCUUUCAAAAUAUCAGGUGGUGUGAAAUAGUGGAAUGUGUAAUAUUGUAAUCUGAUGGUUCCUUGUUCAUCUCCUUUCUUUGAAUUUUUUAUUAGAUUAUCAAGUAAUCUUUUAGAUUAGCAAACUUGUUUAAUAAAGAUUUAAAUAUGUACACCGCAGAACAAAAAGUAACCUAGGUGUUGUGAAACAUUGUGGUGGAGGAUGAGGUUUUGAGUAUGAAAGGUUUAAAUUGUACUGAAGAACAUUGAGAAGCUGCUGUGAUUACACUACAACAUUGGAUAUGCUGAGAAACAAUUAGAGAUUUACUACUCUAAUUGGAUACAGUUUAAACCCAGACAACACUUUUUUUCAAGUCUUAUGAUGGAUUUGUGGCUUUGUUUGAUGGAAACUGUGACAGUUAUUGCAAAGUGGACACACCUCUACCUUGGGAAACCUGUAUCACAUUAUGUUCACUCUACUUAUUAUUAAUCCAAUCCAAAUGACCUGUGAGGUCUGCUACAAAUAGCAUCUUUAUUUCUGCGUACCUCUUCAGUGUAGGAUUUGUAGCAGCCGUUCAGCCUUCUCACCAUAUAUAAAAUUUGGGUGAAGUUUUAUAUCCACAGUUUUGAACUAGCUUCAGAACCAGUUGCCGUGUAAUAGCUAAUUAUCUUGAUUAAUAAAAAAAUACAGAUUAGACGUUUUUGUAGCAAGUAUUUAACUGGCUAUAAGACAAACUAUUGUUAAUAUAACAUUUUUACUUUAGUAUGGAGAAAAUGUAUUUGCUAAGAGAGAGACAGGUGGUGAAUUUGUGUUUAUGGUCAUCUUAUGGAUUGUUUAUGGUAGUACACAUGACAAUGUAACUUUGUAGCUGUUACUUUGCACAAACUAUUGGUUGAAAAUUGAGUAAGCUUCAGGAUGAGCAGUACUUGGCUGUUUCUCUGUAACUUAAUUGUUGUUCUAAUUACCUGUAAAAGCACAUUCUGUAUGUACUGUAUACAAAACUGUAAUGAGUUUAGUAAAACUUAUAUAGUCUUAAGGACAUUUUUUCACUUUGUC